AUGCAAAAGGAUGUAAAUGCAAACGAAUUCCGUACAGUAUCAGACGAUGCUUGCAGUCUCAUUCUCAUAAAAAAGCUCAAACAGGUUGAGGGUAAUAGCCUACAUAGUUGCCAGACGAGCCGACUAACAACGAAGGGUGAUUCGAGUCGUAUAAAAGUGAUGGAGAAAUCACAAGGGACAUCACUUCAUCUUCAGCAAUCGAAGAAGAACUUUCCAAAGCUCAUCAUCAUGUUCAAGUUGACUGUUUUCUUGGCGCUUGUUGCUGUCGUCCUGGCUGCACCAAAACCAGAACCAAAACCGGGCUUCCUGGCAGCACCACUGAUAUCGGCAGCACCACUGGCCACCAGUUACGCCAACAGUUAUCAUCUAUCGUACAAGGCACCAUUGAUUGCAUCGGCUCCACUCAUUGCACCAGCACCAGCGAUCGCAUAUGCAGCCCCUAUUGCUGUCCUGUGAGUCAACAUGGAUCACUGGCCAGAAUCAUCAGGAUGAAGCAUUCACACGUUUAGAAGAUCAUUCAAAUUCAUUUUAUCAUGUCAGACUCGUAUCAAAUUCAUCUAAAUAAAUUCAUGUUCUCAUUCCA